UAUGAUACGGUAUUAGUAAGAACCAAAGGUAAGUAAUAAUAAUCAAUGGCUGAAGCCAGGAUUGCGGCUUUCGAGUUGUCUACCUGCUUAACUUACCAUACAGCGUUGCCGUGAUAAAAAUUUAAAGCCGCUCUGAGGGACGACUUAUGGAAGGCCUUUACGAUUCCGAAAAUGUCUUUAAUAGAACAGGGUUAUCUUUAGAACAACAUCCUGGUAUAUCAUAAAUUUGCUUAGGAAUAGGCAAGUGAACUUAACAACGAUCAAAGUAUCCACGUUUUAGCUUCUUUCUAAACAAGUAUUGGAUCAAUUUUCAAAGUUUCAUCCCAACAACAGAUCUAGACGACAAAAAACAGUUCCAAUGCUUAAGUAUAAUUAUAAAUUUUAAAAAACCGCGCCACUAUUGUUUUUGGGAAUCCGACUGAUGCAAAGAUACGAUUUGUCGUUUUAGAAAGAUAGUAAGCUAUAGUAAAUAGCGUGACGUAGCUACGUAAUGGAAAUCUCUCAGAUUAUGCUGACUUAUGUAAAUCUUUCCUCCCUCAGCUUUCUCAGUAAAGGCAUCGAGAAUUGCUUAUGUCAUUGUUGUGAAGGAAACUUACGUAGAGAUAAAGUGGGAACUUUCACCUGAUGACAUUGAUGGAAAGUUAAGAUAUUUUGUGGACUGCUUCAGAUGCAAGUCCAAGAGGGACAAGGACUGCAAGGAUUCUUGUGGUUCAAGUGUACAGUACAAACCAAACAAGGACAACAUCCCAGAUGGUACUGUGACAAUACAUGGCUUGCCUUCUGGUAGUUUCCUGAUGUUUCGAGUUUGCUGUGUCAGUGACUUAACUGAACACGUCAAAGAUAGAGACAAAUGGAACUGUGAUACGGUAUUCCUCGAUAAAAAAGGUAGGUAA